UUUUCCAGACUGCAUAGCGAUGUAUUUUUGGCAAGACACAUGCUUAGAUCUGCAGUGUGUGGAGCGCAGAGGAGAGGCAGGGGUUGUGUGUGUGUGUUGCUGGAUCCUAGACUCCUAGCUGGGGAUCAGAGCUACAGCCUGCUGCUGCUGCUGCUGCUGCUGCUGCUUCCACCCAUGGAGCAAGCGUCAGGACAGCACUGCAAGGCCUUGCUGUAUUAGAGGUCACCGAAGCAACCAUUUCUAUCCAACACUGUAGGAUUUGGGCUGCUGUAAGAAAAAAGCAAGAUGACUCGUGAAGAGGAGCUACCAGACUGGCAGACGUCUCAGGAGUUUUAUGAAAAAUAUGAGCCCAAAGAGAUCCUGGGAAGAGGUGUUAGCAGCGUGGUGCGACGAUGUAUCCACAAGCACACCAGAGAGGACUUUGCUGUGAAGAUCAUAGACAUAACUGGGGAUCACCUGACACCUGAGCAAAUUCUAGAGCUGAGAGACUCUACCAUCAAGGAGAUUGAAAUCUUGAGGAAAGUAUCAGGACUACCCAAUGUCAUUCAGCUCAAGGACAGUUUUGAGACCAACACAUUUUUUUUCCUGGUGUUUGACCUAAUGAGAAGAGGAGAGCUGUUUGAUUACCUGACAGAACAAGUCACACUGAGUGAGAAGGAAACAAGGAAGAUAAUGAGGGCUUUACUAAAAGUCGUCUCCAAACUACAUGCUCAGAACAUUGUUCACAGAGACUUGAAACCAGAGAACAUACUUCUGGAUGACAACAUGAACAUCAAGCUGACAGACUUUGGCUUCUCUUGUCAAAUCCGUGAAGGAGAAAAGCUCAAAGAAAUAUGUGGCACGCCGGGUUACCUUGCCCCUGAAAUCCUGCAGUGCUCCAUGGAUGAAUACCACCCGGGAUAUGGCAAAGAAGUAGAUAUGUGGAGUACCGGUGUCAUCAUGUACACACUGCUGGCUGGUUCCCCGCCAUUUUGGCACAGGAAGCAGAUGUUAAUGUUAAGAAUGAUUAUGAAUGGAGACUACCAUUUUGGCUCGCCAGAAUGGGAUGAUCGGUCAGACACAGUGAAAGAUCUGAUUGCUCGUCUUUUAGUAGUAAACCCAGAGAGGAGGCUCACAGCAGAUGAAGCCUUGGCUCAUCCUUUCUUCCAGCAAUAUAUGGUAGAGGAAGUGCGUCAUUUUAGCCCCUACAGGAAGUUUAAGGUGGUCUGUCUAACUGUUCUGGCUUCUGUCCGGAUCUACCAUUACUACCGCAAAGUUAAGCCAAUAACUAAAGAGAUCGUUGUACGGGACCCAUAUGCCAUCAAGCCCAUUAGGAAGAUGAUUGAUGCCUGUGCAUUCCGGAUCUAUGGACACUGGGUGAAGAAGGGUGAACAGCAGAACAGAGCUGCCCUGUUUGAAAACACCGCAAAGGCCAUCCUCCUGUCUCUAGCUGCCGAGUCCAGCAUGGCUUAAAUAAUACGGAUAAAACAAGCAUGCCUAAAUGUAAAUGCGGUGUACAAAAAGUGGCAUAAUUUUCAGUAAAAAUGUGUGUAUGUAAAUAUAUUUAUGCAAUAGAAGUUGAUAAGAUGAUUAAAUAUAUAAAAAGAUAAA